AUGGUUGAGACUUGGAAAUUGAAAGAGAUUAUGAAUCGAGCUUAUGUUGAACUUGCCAAAUAUGCCGAAGAGGUAUUUAAUUCUUUAAAAAAACAAUGUUUUUCUCUAGGAAUUUUGAAAAAUUUAAAUUUUCAGCCGAUUUUCAAAAUUCCAAUGCGAACGAUCAAACAAUCAGAAGCACUAGAAGUUUUAUACAAAUUAUUUUCCGAUUAUCCAUCCAUUUGUGAUCAACUCGAAUAUUUGAAGGACGAUUAUUUGCCUCAAAAUUCUGAACCAAAAAACAUUUUGAUCGCACACAAAAGUCUCAUUUUCAAUUAUAUGAAAACCAAAAAUCGACAACUCGAAAAAUUCUGUGCAAAUCAGGGAGUGUUUUUGGAUAGGAAAUAUUAUAUGAAUGAUUUGAUGAAAUCGGAAAUGUUUCAAAAUGGGCUUCGAAAAAUGCAAGAAUGUCGAGAAAUUGAAUUUAUGUGAGCCUUUUAGAGAAAAUUGACAGUUUUUUUUUAAAUUUUCAGGAAUAUUCUUCCAACAAUCCCACUUCGCUUUGAAAUGUCAUGGAAACAAUUUUAUGAAUUGAUGAAAACGAGAAUUCCUUGGGCUGUUUUGGUACGUUUUGUUAAUUUUUCUUUGUGGAAUUUUUUUUUCAGCGAGAAGAAGAUAGACCAAAAAGCGUUGAACUUUUUGUGAAAUUUUUCGAAUUUCUUGAUUUCACCAAAAAAAGCGAUGGAGAAGUGUUGUUGAAGCGAAAAGUGAUUCCCGCGAGAUUUUUGCAAAAUGAAAUUAAGUUUUUGUUUUGCGACAAAAAAUUGUUGAAUAGUUCGUUCAUUUUUGGAAAAGAACAAUUUUAUGAGGAAGCUUUUGAGGUUUUUCGUGAGCGAUUUGAAGAAAUUAGAGAUGAAUCGGAAAAUCAGAAAGAAGUUGAGGUGGUUUUGAAAUUGUUGAAGAGUUUUCAAAAUUGGAAUUAA